AACACCACUCACUUCCUGUAAGAAUUCACAACAUAGGCGAUACACAGAAGCUAACCAUAUAAUUGUAACCAGAGGACAAAUAAUAUUGAUGUAGCAUAAAUUCUCACCAACAACAAUGAUUCCUUACACUGUCAACAUCAAACUCGCGGCUCGGACGUUGACUGGCACCCUUAAUUUGCAGAAUAAAACCGCUGUAGAUUGGGGUUGGCAAGGGCUAAUAGCUCAAGGAUGUCACUCCAGCAUUCUGAUAAUCGAUCCAAAAACGGCUCAGACUAUCCAGGUGCUGGAGAGGCACAAAGCAAUUGUGGUCAAGGUAAAAUGGUCCAGGGAAAAUUACUACCACAACCUAAGCUCGCCCUACUGUCUGCGGCUGGCAUCAGGAGAUGCAUCGGGGAAGAUCAUAGUGUGGGAUGUGGUCAGCGGGACUGCCCACUGUGAGAUCCAAGAGCACUCCAAACCUAUCCAGGAUUUGGAGUGGCUUUGGAAUCAAGAUGCAUCUCGUGAUCUCCUGUUAGCUGUUCAUCCUCCCAACUACAUUGUUUUGUGGAACGGAGACACAGGCACCAAGCUGUGGAAGAAGAGCUAUGCUGAGAACAUCCUCUCCUUUUCAUUUGACCCCUUUGAUCCUUCGAACAUGGCAUUGCUGACCAGUGAAGGAAUUGUCUUUAUCACAGACUUCUCCCACUCUAAACCGCCAGGCAGUGCUGGCAAAAAGGUUUACAUUGCCAGCCCGCAUGCAAGCCCAGCUCACACCAAACCUGCACCUGCUGCUGCGCCAGCCCCCACUGGUGCCAAGAAGGCCCUCAACAAAGUCAAGGUGCUCAUCACCAAUGAAAAACCCACUGCCGAGGCAGUGACGUUGAAUGACUGCCUGCAGCUUUCCUACCUGCCAUCCAAGAGGAACCACAUGCUGCUGCUUUAUCCCAGAGAGAUUUUAAUCCUGGACCUGGAGCUCAGCCAGACGGUGGGUGUGGUGGCUAUUGAGCGCUCCGGGGUGCCCUUCAUCCAGGUGAUUCCCUGCGCUCAGCGCGACGCCCUCUACUGUCUCCAUGAGAAUGGAUGCAUCACACUCCGAGUGUGUCGCUCCACGGCUGCUCCAGAGGAAGCAGCAGACCCAGAACAGAGUGUCCAGGAGCUUGUUUACGACCUCCGCGCCCAGUGCGAUGCCAUCCGAGUCACCAAGACAGUGCGCCCAUAUCGCAUGGUAAUCUGUCCUGUAAACGAAAACAAAGCUGCACUGAUGGUCAGCGAUGGGAGGGUGAUGCUGUGGGAGCUCAAAGCCUACACUGGCAGAGCUGCUGCUAAUCCAAGUUCGGGUCUGUCGCCUCUCUAUUCCCCUGUGGCAUUUUGUGGUGCUCCACUGGGUCCAAACCAAAAAAGGAUCCAGGACCUGUCUCUCAACAGCAUGAUAGGUCAGACUUUGAUAGCUGGUGAGGCUCCUCCUAUGUCCUCCAACCAGCAAGAAGUCCAGUUGAAGUUCCUGCUAACGGGUCUGCUAUCUGGUCUGCCUCUGCCACCAUUUGCCAUCCGCAUGUGUCCACCUCUGACCACUAAAAACAUAAACCACUACCAACCUCUUCUGGCUGCAGGCACCAGUAAUGGAUCUGUACUGGUCUACAACCUGACCAGUGGUCUUCUGCACAAAGAACUCAGUGUUCAUUCUUGUGAAGUCCGGGGCAUUGAGUGGAUAAGUCUCACCAGUUUCCUGUCCUUUGCCACUUCUGCUCCCAAUAACAUGGGUCUGGUGCGGAAUGAACUGCAGCACGUCGACCUGCCUACUGGCAGAUGCUUUGCAUUCAGAGGUGAGCGAGGAAAUGAUGAGCCACCCAUUGAGAUGAUUAAAGUGUCUCACCUCAAGCAGUAUCUGGUGGUGGUGUUCAGAGACAAACCCCUGGAGCUGUGGGACAUCAGGACGGGGACACUUCUCAGAGAGAUGGCCAAGAACUUCCCCACUGUUACUGCCCUGGAAUGGUCCCCAUCUCACAAUCUGAAGAGCUUGAAAAAAAAGCAGAUGGCAGCGAGGGAGGCCAUGGCUCGUCAGACGGUGUCAGAUGCCGAGCAGAGUAGCGUUGAAUCCUCAGUCAUCAGUCUUCUUCAAGAUGCUGAGAGCAAGUCAGAGACCAGCCAGGCCAUCUCAGCCAGGGAGCACUUCGUAUUCACUGACACAGACGGACAGGUCUAUCACAUCACCGUAGAGGGCAACACGGUGAAAGAUGGUGCACGAAUCCCCCCUGAUGGCAGCAUGGGUAGUAUUGCCUGCAUUGCCUGGAAAGGUGACACCCUGGUGCUUGGAGAUGUAGAUGGCAAUCUCAAUUUUUGGGACCUUAAAGCUCGUUUGUCAAGGGGGAUCCCAACUCAUCGUGGCUGGGUGAAGAAGAUCCGCUUCGCCCCGGGUAAGGGCAACCAAAAGCUGCUGGUCAUGUACACAGAUGGAGCAGAAGUCUGGGACACCAAAGAGGUCCAAAUGGUCAGCAGCAUGCGUAUUGGGCGCAAUGUGAACUAUCGCAUCUUAGACAUUGAUUGGUGCACAUCAGACAAGGUUGUGUUGGCAUCGGAUGAUGGUUGUAUCCGAGUGCUGGAGAUGGCUAUGAAGUCUGCCAGCUACCGCAUGGAUGAACAAGACCUGAGUGAUCCAGUGUGGUGCCCUUACCUCUUGCUGCCCCGAGCUGCCCUCACCCUCAAGGCUUUCCUUCUACUGCAACCCUGGUCAGGAACUUUCACUAUGGACAUCACUCAGGUAGAUUACAGUGAAAAAGUUGAGAUUAAAGGCCUGGUCCAGGAGCAGCUCAACUCGUUGUCAAAUGAUAUGAAGAGUGUGCUGCUGGACCCGGAGCUCAGUCUUCUGCAGCGCUGCCUCCUGGUGUCACGGCUGUUCGGGGACGAGUCUGACCUUCACUUCUGGACAGUGGCCUCCCAUUACCUCCAGUCAUUUGCACAGGCUCGUCAGCUAAGUGUGACCACUGCAGAGGGAAGUGAAGGAACCCAACCAUCCCCUCAGAACCACCUGGACAUCUGCCAUGACAUCUUAUGUGAGAGUUCUUACUUCCAGAAAUUCCAGUUGGAUCGGGUUCACUUGCAGGAGGUGAAGCGUUCCAGUUAUGAACACACCAAGAAAUGUGCUGACCAGCUCCUCCUGCUGGGUCAGACCGACAGGGCGGUGCAAUUACUGCUGGAGACCAGUGCAGACAACUCCAGCUACUACUGUGAUUCACUCAAGGCCUGCCUAGUGACGACCAUCACCUCCUCAGGCCCCUCACAGUCCACAAUCAAACUUGUGGCCACCAACAUGAUUGCGAAUGGCAAGCUCGCAGAGGGAGUUCAGUUGUUGUGUUUAAUUGACAAGGCAGCCGAUGCCUGCCGAUACCUGCAGACCUACGGGGAGUGGAACCGAGCCGCAUGGCUGGCUAAGGUGCGGCUGAAUCCAGCAGAGAGCUCAGACGUGCUAAAGCGCUGGGCAGAACAUCUGUGCUCCGCACAGGUCAACCAGAAAUCCAAAGCCAUCCUCGUGCUGCUUUCCCUUGGCUGCUUUUACAAAGUAGGAGAAAUGUUGCACAGUAUGAGGCACUUUGAUCGUGCCGCCCUCUUCAUCGAAGCUUGUCUGAAGUAUGGGGUGAUGGAGGCCAACGACACUUCAAAUAAACUCAUCGAGGCUGCAUUUUUGGAAUAUGCGCGGCUGCUACGCUCUCUUGGCCUGCGGGAGGGCGCCGCUCUUUGGGCGUCGCGGGCCGGCAGCGCUGGGGAGCAGCUGAUGGAGGAGCUGUUCCAAGGAGAGGGAGGUGGGCCGGACGCCACUGUCGGCGAAGAGGAAGUGGAGCUGGGGCAGGAGAGCACCGAGUGAUCUCCAAAAAUAAAGGUUUAUUACGGGGUCUGGGAUUCAGUCUGACUUUAACAACCCAACCAUCAUAUACGAACUGUCAGCAUCCAGGAGAGUCAUUAUCAUCUUCAUCUUCUUCACAUCAGCAGAACAGAACAGAUUUCAGGUGGUAAUUCCGUUUGCGUUUGUUACUGGAGACUACCUGUGGUUGACAUUUUUAUGUGUGUGUGGUGUAGAACCAGUGCGAGUUUGUGCUCAUGUGUAAAUGCAUGUAACAUCAAAAGAAACACUUUGUUUCCUCCUUUCAUGGACAAAUUGCCACCACCUUUAUAUCAGUCUCCGUUGGUUAAUAAAUUUGAAUUCUUUGAUUUUUCUUUUUAAACGGUUACUAGUUGAGCCUUGUUUUGUGUGCCUGUAUGAAUAACUUGAAAGUACUGUUGUAGCUGUACACAUUUAAUUUGCCUUACUGUUGAGAUGAAAAACAACCUGAUGUAUUUAUCCCCAAAUAAUCAGCUUCCUGGUACAUUUUAAAUGGCUUCUUAAUGACUGAAUUCCAAGAUUAGAUUUUUGCACUUUUGAGUUCACCAAAAACACUUUAUUUGUGUUAAAAACAUGUUUAACAAUCUGUGAGAUUCAUAGUACAUUAGACAUUUAAUCCACAACAGGUAGUGUAGCCUGCUGCUCAAAGCUCUGCAAGCUGUAACUGCUGAAUGGUGUCAAAUUAUAUAACUAGGCCACUGUGCGCUUAUUAGCCACUUAACACUGUAUUAUCUCUCUUCAGAGAGAAGGGAGAAGAAUAUGAGCACCUGAGUGAUACCAUUUAAUUAGCUUACACAAGUUAAAUAGAUAGUUAAAUAGAUACUGGAUGUUCAUCCAUUCCAAUUAUCCAAAUGGAAAUUUUAACAUGCUAUUUUUAUGAAGACUUGCACGGAAACUUAAUCUGUGGACUUUGAUGUUUGUAUAUUGAAGUUAAGUGUGUGUGAUAGAAAAAGAGCUAUCUAAACGAGACCUCUGAUUCAUGUAAAAAUCUGUGCUGCUCCUACUGUUGCUCACAACAAUCAUACGAAACCCAACAUGCUGAAAUGGUUGACACUAGCAGGCGCCCGUCCUUUAGCUCUGCUUUUGCCUUCGUUUUUACAAGGUAAACAUAUCCACACCACCGAGAACAUCUGGAAAAGCAAAGCAAAGGGGUUUAGUGAGUGUGUGUUUAAUUGCCUUGUAGUGUGUUAAGUUGUCCUGAAACGAGACGGUAACUCCAUCCUUGGGCACUUUUUCAUGUUGUUGUGUUUCGUAAACAUUUCAUUGCUGUUUCUCUUCUGUGUUACAAUAAAAAAAAAAAAAAGAUAAAAGAAAGGCAGUGUAACUAUGGCAACACAUGCCUAUUUUAGGGGACUUUGUGUUGUUUCUGUAUGUAUCCUUUUCACAUAGCCCCACUAAGAGUAGGAUCUCAUAGAGUCAUCCAACCCAGCAGAGGAGCUACUUAACGCUGCGUCCUCCAGAAGCAACGCGUUCUGCCUCUUGAUGAUUGGCUUCAGUUUGAUUCAUGUACACAGUUUGUUUUUUGUUUUUUUCAAAAGUUUAAAAACCAGGCAUGUAGAAAUGUCUUUAUAUGUUUUCUUAAAUUAAUCAUCAGAAUUGUGCUGGAGUUUAUCUUUUUUUUCCCCCAUUGUUCAUUGUUUACACAGUGAUUCCCAUUGACUUAAGCUGUAUUACAAAAGAAAAUUAUAUGUAUAUAUGGUUGCCAAUAAAUGCAGAUGUCAUUAACUUUA